AUGUCUAGGGGACCGAAACUCCCCAUCGCCCCUAAGCCCGGGCUGACCAGCCCCAACGAGUGGAGAGCCAGCGUGUGCAUGACCAACAGCUUGAACAAAUGCAGCAGUGGGAAGCUGCUCCACGUAGAGGGGCUUUAUGAAGAGCACCGGUCCAACCUGGAGCGUUUGGAGUCUGAGGCGGACAAGGAUUACAUCGUGGUCCCCAGGGCUCCACCGAGAGAGGGCAAACCCAGGAAUGGGGACCCCGUGGAGAAUGCAGUCAUGGUGCCUCUGGAUGCCACUGGGGAAGAGGCCUGCCAGGAGGGAGGCGAGGAGUGUGACACAGAGAGGACGGGAGUGGCUGAGGACUUGAGUGGAGCGGGUGACAAAGGCGUAGCCCCCACUCCUGAGAACGUGGAGGAGGAGGACUGUGCCCGUGACGCAGCGGCGGAGGAGCAGUUCACAAUUGAAGAGGAAGGGAAGCUGGUGGAGGAACACAUGUUCAGCCUGGAGGACAAGGGCCCUCGGGAUGGAGAGGCAGUCUUUCUGAGUGAUAUCAUCCUAACUCAUGUCAGUUUAGAGGAUCCAGCAGCUCCUGAGGAGGAGCCUGGGCCCCCUGGGACACCCAGGGAGGCAGAGGAGAAUGGCGAGGAAGGCUGUGCCAGUGCAGAACCCGGGGCGCCAGAUGCGCGUGUAGAUGCCAGCAGGCCCGCCGAGGGGGACACUGAAGAUGCCAGCGAGGAUCCACCGGAGAAUGAGGGAUUGGCCCCGGGCAUCUGGGAGGUGGAGAUGGCCACAGACAGCCCUGAAAUUUCUGAGGAGUGUGAGGACGCCACAGGCGGUGGUGACCAGAAUGAUCAGGAUGAGCCACCUGAGCAAAAUGAGGACGCUGACCAGGAAGAAGUGGCAGCAGUCACCCAGGAGGCGGGAGAAGACCCUCCAGAGAGCGAAGACCCCGUGCAGGACGAACCUGCUGAGGAGAGCUGCCAGAUCAUUCCUUUCGGGAGUGACUGUACGGAGGACUUCGUGGCCUCACUCUCUACGAGUCCCUACGAGUUCUUCCCGACCGAGAGCACCUCCUUCUGUAGCGAAAGCUACUCUCCUUUUUCCAAAUCAGCAAGAGGCUUAGAGUCAGAGCAGGAAGCACAGUCGAGAGGACCUGUGGAGCAGGACCCUGUGGCUGGAACUUCAUGUGGCCAGCGUGGCUCCCUGCAGGGUGGCGCUGGGGAGGGCCCUGCUGUUCCUGAUGCGGUCGUGCCAGAGGAUGAGGAUGCUGUGGAUGACGCGCUCACCAACCCCUAUGAGAUGGGAGUUGGCCUGGCAUGUGGGGCUGACCCUGCAGAGGGAGGGGGACCUGAGACAUGGGCUGCAUCAGAUGUCCUGGGUGGUUCUGGCGUGAUAGAAGAAAUGGACUCUGAUGCUGAGGGUGGCCUGGUCCCCGUCGACAGAAAGAACGUCCUCAUGAGGGCCAGGCCCCACUCUGGGAAGGUGGCUGGUUGUGUUUCAGAAACUGACCUGGAAGAAACUGGACCAGAAGCUGACUUGUCAGCUGUUGGCAUUGGAGGUGCCAAGGAGGUGAGAAAGAUGGUUCUGUCAUUGGAGGGGAAGCCGCUGGAAGCCAGCAGGGCCUUGCCAGCAAAGCCCAGAGCCUUCACUUUAUAGCCUCGAUUCCUCGUGGAAGGCUGAGAGAGGCCAGUCCCCUUGUACCGGGAGCUGGAGGCAUCUGGCUUAGAUGACCAUAGGAUCAAAAGGAAAGAUGACAACCUUUCUCUGCUGUGUAUGAUUGGCUCCUCUGGGAGUUUCUCCCAGAGGAACCGCCUUCUAUCCAGUGGCACCUCGACACCGUCUUCCAUGGUCGACAUCCCACCCCCUUUUGACCUGGCCUGUGUCACCAAAAAGCCCAUCACAAAGAGCUCUCCCUCGCUCCUGAUCGAGAGCGAGCCCCCAGACCAGCACACCAAGAAGAAGUCUUCCUUUAAGCGGUUCCUGGCGCUGAUGUUUAAGAAGAAGAGCGAGAGCAAAGUGCACGUGGAUGUUGGUGUGUCUUCCAGGUCCUCCUCCGAGUCCGGCCACCAAGGGCCUUCCAGGCUGCUGGAGGUUGACCACAGGAGCCUCAGCAGCUCCCCUCAGCUUAAGGCUCGGACUGGCAAGCUCUGGGCUCCCGAGUCACCCUCCUCCAUCUUGUUCGGGGAUGGCAAGAGGAAGGGCAUCCCCUUCAGCAGGACAGAGUCCAGAGUGGAGUCCUUCGAAGACUCCUCCCGGCCCCCCUUUCUGCCCUCGCCCCUGACCAAGCCAGGGUCCAUCUCGUUUCCCAACGCUGACACUUCGGACUACGAGAACAUUCGAGUCAUCAAUUCGGACUACGAAAAUAUCCAGAUUCCACCCUGGAGGUCAGCAAGGGCCGGGGCCUUGGCUAAGCUCUUUGAAGAUCAGAGCAGAGCCCUGUCCACAGCAAACGAAAACGACGGCUACGUGGACGUGAGCAGCUUCAGCGCCUUCGAGAGCAAGCAGCAGAGCGCAGAGCAGGAAGCAGAAAGCUGCAAUACUUAA